GUUUGGAAAGCCGCAGCCUCAGUCCCGCCGCGCCCGCCGCGUCCGCCCAGCGCCAGCUCCGCGUCCUGACCGGCCCGCGCGCGGCUGCCCGCUCCGCCGCCAUGGCCACCUCCCCGCAGAAGUCGCCGUCUGUCCCCAAGUCCCCCACUCCCAAGUCGCCCCCGUCCCGGAAGAAAGAUGACUCCUUCUUGGGGAAACUCGGAGGGACUCUGGCCCGGAGGAAGAAAGCCAAGGAAGUGUCCGAGCUUCAGGAGGAAGGCAUGAACGCCAUCAACCUGCCCCUCAGCCCCAUCCCCUUCGAGCUGGACCCUGAGGACACGAUGCUGGAGGAGAAUGAAGUGAGAACGAUGGUGGAUCCCAACUCACGCAGUGACCCCAAACUUCAAGAACUGAUGAAGGUAUUAAUUGACUGGAUUAACGAUGUUUUGGUCGGAGAAAGAAUCAUUGUGAAAGACCUGGCUGAAGACUUAUACGAUGGCCAAGUCCUGCAGAAGCUUUUUGAGAAACUUGAGAGUGAGAAGCUGAACGUGGCUGAGGUCACCCAGUCAGAGAUUGCUCAGAAGCAAAAGCUGCAGACUGUCCUGGAGAAGAUCAACGAAACCCUGAAGCUUCCUCCCAGGAGCAUCAAGUGGAAUGUAGACUCUGUUCAUGCCAAGAGCCUGGUAGCCAUCUUGCAUCUGCUGGUUGCUCUCUCCCAAUAUUUCCGGGCACCAAUCCGACUCCCGGACCACGUUUCCAUCCAAGUGGUUGUGGUCCAGAAACGAGAAGGAAUCCUCCAGUCUCGGCAAAUCCAAGAGGAAAUAACUGGUAACACAGAGGCUCUUUCUGGAAGGCAUGAACGUGAUGCCUUUGACACCUUGUUCGACCAUGCACCAGACAAGCUCAACGUGGUGAAAAAGACGCUCAUCACUUUUGUGAACAAGCACCUGAAUAAACUGAACCUGGAAGUCACGGAACUGGAAACCCAGUUUGCAGAUGGAGUGUACCUGGUGCUGCUCAUGGGGCUCCUUGAGGGCUACUUCGUGCCCCUGCACAGCUUCUUCCUGACCCCGGACAGCUUUGAACAGAAGGUCUUGAACGUCUCCUUUGCCUUUGAGCUCAUGCAAGAUGGAGGAUUGGAAAAGCCAAAACCACGGCCAGAAGAUAUCGUCAACUGCGACCUGAAAUCCACACUGCGAGUGUUGUACAACCUCUUCACCAAGUACCGGAAUGUGGAGUGAGGGGCAGACUGGACCGUCCCCCGAGCCGCCUUAACCUGCUUGUUCCUGUCUCCUGCUCUGUGCUCUUCCCUAAGUCCAGCUGCGACCCAGAGACCGUGGGAACUCAAAUUAGGAAGGAAGUGAUCAAUAACUCAGUGGGCUGACUCACACCUCCCAGGCUCUGAGGACUGACCCAGCAGUGGCUGGUGAAGGUUGUCCCCAUCCUGGUGCUAGGUCCAGAUUUUCCUGUGUGAUUUGGGAACCAGCUUAAGCACAAGGGACCACCCUCCCCCCAACCAGAAGAUGAAAAUAAAGAUAAUAGUUACCAUUUAAUGGGUGUAACCUGUGGGCUGGGCACCAUGCCAAGUGCUCUGACCUGCUCAACUCGUGAAUACUCAUGACUCCCAUUGAAGCAUAUGUUAUCAGCCCCUUUGACAGAUAAGGAAACUGAGGCUUAGAGGUUCCAUAAACUUGCCAGAAGUUGCCACUUGUUUUUCUUCUUUGAACAUAUGUUAAUAAGUAGCCCAUCACAUAACAUUCUCUGCAUGUUCUAUAGUUGUGUGUGUCCACCUGCACCCUCCAAGAAGCCAGAAGCCCCCUGAUCUCACCACCAGGCAGACUAGGUCAGGGCUCAGUGGUUCACAGUAAAACUGGCAAAUCAAAUUUAACCCAGUUAAUAGUAUGUGUGUGGCAGGAGCCAUGUCCCUUAACUCCUUUGUGCAGAUGACAAUUAUUCUUAAUUCCUUCAGAUUUGUAAUAACCCCUUACUCUGGUUUCAGAGUGACAUUUGGGAAGGAUUGUGUUUAAAAUUAAUGGAGUGGCACAUUUUGCAGCCUUUUUGCUUGAUUGCAUGUAAUGGAAGUGCCCUAUAUUUUCCUACAAAGUAAGUACUCGAUUCAUUAUCGUUAGGCAAAUGUACAAUAUACCCAGGCACUGCGGAGAGCUGGGCGCGGGCCCAUGUGAGCAGGGCUUGGGAAGUAGGGCUCUUCAACAGGGACCCUUGAGCUUUAAAGAAAGGAACUCCUUUUUGCCCUCUAAUUGAUCAUUUAGACCAUUUCUGGCUAAGUCUGCCCACAUGCAAUUACUGGCUAAUUCAGGCGAGGAAAAAUGUAAGUUAUUUAGACCCAAGCUGAGUGGUUUCCUUGCGUGGGUUACCCGCGGGCUCAUGGUUACAUGGGUCCCCUCUAUGUGAACCCAAGUUUGGUAUACAGGUCUCUUGUUGUCCCAGCCUGCGGGUCCUGCGGGGAUAGGAAGGGGACAGAAGUGGGGGUGACUAGGAGGACAAGCGGCGUGGGGCAAAUACUUGCACAUUCCAUGUGCUCCAUAGGGAUGGGCUGAUGGUACCUAACACUUGUACUCAUGAGUUGACCAAGCCGUGGGAUAACUAGUAACGUGUACUGAUAAUAUAUCUGCAUCAUAGAAUUUUCCUAAAUAUGCCAGGUAGACACCAGCCUGUGUCCCGCCUCCAGAAUGCUUUGUCACUACUGGAGGCCCAGUCGUGCAAAGCCCAUCUGUAGUUUGAGGAAUUCAUUUUGGCCUCUGUCUACACCACCAGCCAGAGCAAGGCCUCCCAUCGUGUCUAAAACAUUCCUUCCAGCUUCACCUCACGUCUGACUCCACAGUCUAGCUGCAGUAGCUCAGAACCCACGUGAUUUAGAUGCGCUGCCUGUUUCUGCAGAGAUUUUGCUCCAAAAAGGAAUUAUUACUCAGCAUAAUGAGCAUUUAAGAUACAAAGAAAAUGUACUCUCGUGUCAAUUUAUGUAAAAGAAUACAAUUUGUUUUUACAUAAUUAGUGAAGUAUUUCGUUUUUCAUUAGGAAACACUAGAUACCAUGAGAUUUCUGUUUGCUCUCUUUUAAAUUCCUAAUAGCAAAUCAACGUAAAUAACUGCUUUGUCUCCUUGAGCAAUACUAAAGAGGGAUGAAAUAAGAGGAAUUGUGUUCAUUUAAACGUGCUUUGCUAUAAGAGUUUUGUCUUUUGUUUUUUCCUUAUAUUCAAGCUGUAAAUGGAGAGUGGACAAGUGGCCUUAUUAAGGGCACUCCUUUUUAUAUUUUAUGUGUACACUGUAAUGAAAACACCUCAGAACCCUUAGAAAGUUUUCAAUAACAAGUCUAAUUUAUCAGAAAAUUGUUUUGACACCGAGAUCUUUGCCUUUAGUCCAGAAUCCCAGGGCCUGGGCCUGGUUUUAUAACCCUAUCGUUUCAUUUAGACGUUUUCCUUUAGAUUCUGGAAUCUCCUGCUUAAUACAUGAAGCGGGGAAAAGCAUUAGAAAAUAAAUAAGCCAAACUUAACCGCCAUCUCUUUUAAAAGAAAAAAAAAACCGAGGCAAGAAUCAAGUCUCUAGGCUCACUGGGUCCUUUUGUCCUUUCUGCUCUUUUCUAGAAUUGAAAUUCAUUGAUAUUUUUAAUAGUUAUAAAUGGUGCAAAAUUAAAAAAGCAUGAAUGGGUAUCUAGUGAAAAACCUCAUCUCCCUCUCUCCCCUCCCCCAGCAGCCAAUUUACCUGUCCCGAGAAGCAACUAUUUUGAUCUGUUUUAUAUUUACUUCCAGAGAUACCCUGGCCAUAUAAAGCAUCAGCAGACAUAUAAAAUCAUUUGUUAGCAUAAAUAGCAUAUUAUACAUACUAUCAUGCACACUGCUUUUUUCACUUAAUGUACUAUCAUGGAGAUUAUUUUACACUGGGUAUUAAAACUUCUUACAUUUUGAAA